UUAAAAAACAAACAAACUGAAUUUAUUUGCCUGUAAACACACACACACAUACACGACAAUUAGGGAGACGGGGCUGACAUGUCGAAGGAGGAUGCUGGUGGCGGAGGCGGAGGCGGAUUGAACACAGAGGCCACACAAUCCGAGCCAGACUUAACACAGGCUAGCGGACCACGAUCAGCACACAGAGCCAAUGCCUUGCCCCACAAGAAUACCAGAAGAGGCGGCGGGAGUGGCGGCAGCAGCAGCAGCGAAGGCCAAGUAGCAGAUGGCAAGGGCAAAGUAAUCGAGGUCAAAGGUGAUAACAGUGAUGGAAAGAAGCCUGAGUUGAAACCAACGCGAAUGCUCAAUGAUCCCCGCUUUCGGAUUCGACCCAUGCAGCAGGUAAUGUCCGCUUGCACGGGAGCCAUGAUCACCGCCUGCUUUAUGACUCCGCUUGACGUGAUUAAGACCCGCAUGCAGUCGCAGCAAACGCAUUCGGCCAAGUGCUUUCUCUAUUGCAAUGGGCUGAUGGAUCACUUGUUCUCCCACCGGCCGAAUUCAUACGCCACUGUGGUCAACACUCCGGUGACACAAUUCACCAGCUCUUGGGAUGCCCUCCUCAAGAUUGGGCGUCAUGAGGGCUUGGGUUCGCUGUGGUCUGGUCUGGGCCCCACUCUGGUCUCGGCUCUUCCCUCCACCAUUAUAUACUUUGUUGCCUAUGAGCAGUUCAAGGCCAUGUAUAUAGGUCUCUAUGAGACGCAUCGAGGGAUUUUCUUUCGCUCUGACUCUGGCUUGGCCAAGAGGCCGAACCUUAACGCUGACCCCCCUCUGCCUCUGCUGGUGCCCAUGCUGUCGGGUGUAACGGCACGCAUUAGUGCCGUAACGGUUGUCAGUCCCAUUGAGUUGGUGCGCACCAAAAUGCAAUCCCAGAGGCUAACCUAUGCCCAGGUAAUGGGAUUUGUGCGCAAUGUGAUUGCUCUGCAGGGUAUUUGGGGUCUCUGGCGAGGACUACCACCGACCAUUUUGCGAGAUGUGCCCUUUUCGGGCAUCUAUUGGCCCAUCUAUGAGUUUCUGAAAGGCCGCUUUGGCGAUAGAGAUCAUCCGUCGAUUGGUGCCAGCUUUGCCUCCGGUGUACUUGCGGGUUCUCUGGCCGCCUUGGUCACCACCCCCUUCGAUGUGGUCAAGACUCAUGAACAAAUUGAGUUUGGCGAGCGUGUCAUAUUCACAGACUCACCUGCCAAGGAAUUGAAAAAGAAAUCCACCUUCAGUCGACUUAAGGCGAUAUAUCGCAGACAAGGACUGCGAGGACUCUUCACCGGAUAUGGACCGCGGCUAUUUAAAGUGGCUCCAGCCUGUGCCAUAAUGAUAUCCACCUUCGAGUACAGUAAAUCGUAUUUCUUUCACUACAAUGUGGAGAAGCAUAAUCAGGCCCUAUUGAUGAACAAUCCGAAUGCCGAACUGGUGCAAGAGGAUGAACUCGAAUAGGUGGUGGAGAAUGUGCAGAAAGAGGAGGAGGAGAGAUCCCUUUGUUAAAUUAAAUAUGUUUACUU